AUGUCAAACAUCACAACCCAGAGUGGUUUCAGAACUGUCUCCCCCUUUUAUCGGCCCUUCCAGACCCGCAUAAAAGGAAGAUGGAUAGGCAAAACCUUAGUUGAAGUAUAUACCCGAGAUUUCGGUGAAAAAGAACCCAACGUGAUCCAUGACAUCAAAACCAAUAAACUUUAUCUAAUCAACCAGAAACCAAAACAACAGCCAACAGAAUAUCGAGGUUGGGAAGUCUUACUGACACGAAAGAUCGAGAUGCAAGAUAUAAUAUGUCAUAUGAAACAUAUGCAUGAAGCCCAGGUUCCUUGGCCAACUGAUCGAGAAAGGAUUCCCAUUGUGUUUGAGAAUGAUGAGUUGGUGGUGGUGAAUAAACCUUCGGGAAUACCGACUCAUCCUAGUGGGAAUUAUAAUUUGAAUAGCGUGAGUGAGAUAUUGAAGCUUGAGAGGGGGUCGGAGUCGAUUUGGGCUUGUCAUAGAUUGGAUAAAGUGACAUCAGGGGUUUUGAUCCUUGCGAAAGCGAAAGGAGCCUUAUCUAGAAUAAUGAAGCUUAUCCGAGACGAAAAAGGAACGAUUAAGAAAAGGUAUUUGGCUAGAGUGAGUGGUGAAUUCCCCGAGGGGAGGAUCGUAGUCAAUUGUCCCGUGUUUUCAAUUAAUACAAAUGGAGGAUAUUUGAAACCAUCAAACAUAGAGAAUUUACCUACUGAUUCAACUACGAUAUUCACUCGGAUUUCAUAUAAUAAAGAAUUAGAUCAAAGUGUUGUUUUAUGUGAACCCUUGACUGGGAAAUUCCAUCAGAUUCGAAUACAUCUAAGAAACCUUGGACAUCCAAUUGCUAAUGAUUUUGUCUAUAACGCCAAAGCAGAUGUAACUGACGAUGUAAUGCGUCAGAAAAUUGCACUUGAAGUUGAACUAUAUGAGAUGGUUUUCACAGCAUAUCCUCAAUUUAAAGGGUUUCACAAAUUAGACUGCAAUCCUUUAGGAAGCGAAACCACAAUCAAUGUUUUAGAUGCAAUAAAUUGGAAUUCUGAUCCAAGUUUAAAAUCAAGAAUUGGAGAAAUCGGAGAAGCUCAAGAAAAAUAUAUCGCAUCUCGAAAAUCCACAAAUUCCAUCUGUACUGAAUGUAAUCGUACACUCUUUGAUGGGGAUACUGGAAUAAAAUCAGAAGUAUGGUUGCAUGCAUUAAGUUUCACUUGUCAAGAUGACAAUGGCAACCAAUUACAUUUCGAAACUGACUAUCCAGAAUGGUCUUACAUUUGA